AUGAGGCUUCAAGGCGUUACAGACACACUGGGCAACCUUAGCCUAUCAAACCCCCAUCGCGUACUCAUUGUCGGCUGCGCAUACGGUGGUAUCUCUGCUGCCAUCAACCUCCUCGACUAUUCCCAAGGAAAGGCCCGACAGAGCGUAUACCCAGGUCCAGAUUUCCAGGGUGUGCGAAGUAGAAGAGGGGUUGAAAUUACUGUCAUCGAUGAGCGCGAUGGUUAUUUCCACUCGGUUGGCGCACCGCUCGCCCAUGUUACACCAAAGUACACAACCCAUAUGUGGAAGAGGUUUAGCCACCUCAACGAGCUAAAGCACCCGAAUCUGCACUUCAAGCACGGCAGUGUCAAGAACAUCAAUCCUGAAGCCAAGGUCGCCGAAUGGUGCGACCGAAAUGGCAAGACCCAACAGCAGGCAUAUGACUACCUUGUCAUGGCCACCGGCCUGAAGAGACAUUUCCCUGCGGUGCCAAAGUCUGGAAGCUUUGAAGAGUACCAAACAGACAGCAAAGCCUUCAUCGCGAAGAUCACCGGUGGUGACCCAUCGAAAUGUGAAGGCAGGAGAGUUGUAGUGAUUGGCGCUGGUGCUGUCGGUGUCGAAUUUGCCGCUGAGAUCAAGCAAUACUACCCACAGAUUGAUGUCACACUAGUGCACUCACGAAGCGAAGUUCUCUCUUCAGAGCCACUACCAUCAGAUGUCAAAGAACGCGCGAAGAUCUUGCUCGAAGAAGAGGGUGUCAAGCUGGCUUUGGGUAACCGGGCAACCAUCACAGAGCUACCAAAUGGCCAGUUCACCGUCACACUCGCGAACAGCGAGACAAUAACAGCAGACUUCGUCAUUGACUCAACGAAGAAGGGCACACCAACCACCGAUGUCCUACCUACGGAGUGCCUGAACAAGGACAAAGAGAUUAUGGUACACCAAUCCCUAAUGUUCACGGAUACUAUCGCGAACUCAUCAUCCCACUUCGGCGUUGGCGAUGUAAUCGCAUGGUCAGGCAUCAAGCGCGCAGGCAGCGCGACAGUCAUGGGCCAAGCCGCCGCACAGAAUAUUUACUCCGACAUACUCAACUCCGAACUUGCUCCCUCAUCCGAACAGUAUAUCAAGACAGAGCUACCUGCAUGGGACGCCGUCAUUGGUCUAGCGGUUGGCAAGCAAUGUCUAACCUACGACCCAAAGAAUGGCAUUAAAUACGGUGUUGAGGUCAUGAAGGGAUACUUUGGUGAGGACCUAGGCUGGUCGGCGAACUUGAAGUACCUUGGUCUCACGGAUAUUGUGGAGAGGGCAGACAGUCCGGUAGAAGAAGUGGAGGCCACAAAGAUGGCUGAAGUGGGCAUCAAGCCGGUCAGUGCGCAAGCAUAA